UGUCACAGGCGUGGGUGCUGCGAGUUAAGAAAAGAAAGAAUCUGUUUCAUUUCAAAUUUCACCAACGCACCUGCUCUCUCCAUGUCCACGGCCCCAUGGGUUCCACGGCCUCAUGGUUGAUCCUGGGAUGAAAUGUAGUAUUGGCAGAAACACAUGCACCCGACACCUGACGACACCUGACACCCUCACGACACCAAUCCCAGAGUCAGAUUGCGGGACUGCUGUCAACUGUGAUGGUCUGAAAUCAUCAAACGGAACUCUUGAUGCUACUUUCUUCGUCGAUUUGAGGUCAACUCCUCUCUUCCUCUUCGAGUCCUCGUCCCUCGCACCCGGGGCUGUCUCACAACUGCCAAGCACCCAGUCAUGAUACCCACCGCCGCCCAGCCUUGCGCAUCUGAUCCGCCAACCGCAGCCGGCGGCCGGCCAAGCACCAUCCAUCCCCUUAGGAUGACCAUCCCUACCGCGUCGUUGGCUUGCGCCCUAAUAAAUAACGUCUGAGCCUCUCCCCGCAACGCACUUGGAAAAAUAAACAAAAAAUGCCAUGACACCAGCCGAGGUAGCGAGGCACCCCAUUAAGCCUAAGCCUCUCUGUGCCUCAUCCCGCGCACCCCACCUGCAGGCUACACAUAUGGCGCCCGGCGGCGGCAGCGGCCUGAUGGCCGACCCACCUUGCCGGCAGUGGCGGAGGGGCCAGAUCCUCAUCCUCGCCUUCGCCGCCGGCUCCAUCGCCGCACUGAUGGGUCUGGUUUUGGGCCUGGUCCUCUGGCCCGAGGUGCUCAGCGGCCCGACCGUGGACCUGGGCUACGCCACGUACGUCGGCAGCCGGCGCGAGAGCGGCGUCAACGUCUUCAGGGGCAUGCGCUACGCACGCCCGCCCCUGGGUGACCUGCGCUGGAGGGCCCCCGCUGAGCCGGAGAACGAGAACAAGCCCACGAGGGCCAAGGCCUUUGGCCCAGUCUGCCUCUCUACCGGAGCCACCUAUCCAAACAAUGACCAGGAUGAGGAUUGUCUCUACGUCAACGUCUGGGCGCCUGCAGAUGCUGCACCGGAUUCCAAGUUCCCAGUAUGGUUGUUCAUCCAAGGCGGUGGCUACACUGCCAAUUCAAAUGCAAAUUAUGAUGGCGAGGAGGUGGUCCGGCGGAGCAACAUGAGCAUCGUGUUUGUGAAUUUCAACUACCGCGUUGGGCUUUUCGGGUUUCUAGCAAGCGAAAAGGUCAAGAAAGACGGCGACUUGAACGUCGGCCUCCUCGAUCAGCGCUUCGUCAUGCGAUGGGUACAGAAGCACAUUUCCAAGUUCGGAGGAGACCCGGAUCACGUCGUUCUCUCGGGGGCAUCCGCCGGGGCCGGCUCGAUAGCGAUGCAGUUGACGGCAUACGGCGGCCGGAACGAAGGCCUCUUUGUCGGUGGUAUUAUAGAGUCGCUGUUCUUCCCAGCCCAACCCUACCUCUCGGGCCUCGAGUGGCAGUUUGACAGGCUCGCGAGCGGCGUGGGUUGUGAUACGGCCGAGGACGGAGACCGCGUGGCCUGCCUCCGGGGUUUGAGCACUGGCGAGCUCCAGCUGGCCAACGUUGCCUCCCCAUUCCCCGGCCAGUCGCAGUCGCCACUCCCCCUCUUUUACUGGACGCCCUGCGUUGACGGUGACCUGAUCAGGCAUCUCCCCUAUACCAUGUUUGAGCGGAAAGAGUUUGUCCAAGUGCCUUUGAUUAUCGGUACCGACACCGACGAGGGUUCCUACUUUGGCGCAAACGCCGCGUCCCAGCAAGAGAUGCGCACCUUUAUGCGCAACAACUUCCCGCGGCUGCGCGAGGCCGACCUCGACAGCAUCCAAGAUCGAUACCCGCUCAUGGACGCGCUGCCCAACCACAACCGAUGGUUCCCGUCCACGUCCCGGGCCUACGGCGAGGGCGUGUUCAUCUGCCCCACCGUCAACGUGCUCGACAGCCUGGCCUCGGCGUUCCCGUCGUCCAACUCGCUCACCAAGGUGGCCGACAACCGGCCCCUACAAGCGUCACCCGACGCGGGCCCCUGGGCGUACCGCUACAACGUCCUGGACGACGACUCCGUCCGCGCGGGCCUCGGGGUACCCCACACGUUCGAGAUCCCGGCCGUCUUCGGCCCGGACGGCGUGUACGGGGCCCCGAGGAGCUACUACACGUACAACAGCGGCGUCGUCCCCGUCGUCAUGGACUACUGGAUCUCCUUCGUCAAGACGCUGUCGCCCAACACGCUCAGGAAUCCCGGUGCGCCUGUGUGGCACCCGUGGGCUGCGCGAGGGUGGCGUAACAACAGCGGCGGCCCUGCGAGCGGCACGCGGAACGGCACCGGCGGCUCUCCCUCCCUCUCCCGCUCCCGCCUGCUGAUCGAGACGGCCAACACGGGGAUGGAGGAUAUACCCACACAGGAGGUUGACCGCUGCGAGUUUUGGAGGUCUUUGGGGGAUUUUACGCAACAGAGGAGAAGGCGAAAGGUGAUAUAGCGACCUUUCCUUGGCACGAGUGGACCGGUGUUGAGAUGUCCACUUGCGUGUUCACAUGGAGGAGUUGCAUAUACACAGGGACGAAGGGCACACGAUUACAGGACUGGCGUUGAUGGUUUCAUUAUAUCGAGAUCAUUUUGUUCAAUCUGUAAGGUUCUCUCAAUACAUUUUUGUAAACUCG